GCCUCUUCCGCCCUGGGCCCGGAAGGGUGAUGUGGCUGGGGCUUCGCCGGCCUCACUAUGUCUGCCAUUUUCAAUUUUCAGAGUCUGUUGACCGUAAUCUUGCUGCUUAUAUGUACCUGUGCUUAUAUCCGAUCCUUGGCACCCAGCCUCCUGGACAGAAAUAAAACUGGAUUGUUGGGUAUAUUUUGGAAAUGCGCCAGAAUUGGUGAACGGAAGAGUCCUUACGUUGCAGUAUGCUGUAUAGUGAUGGCCUUCAGCAUUCUCUUCAUACAGUAGCUUGGAAGAAUAUCAGAAUUUAAUUGCCAUCAGAUUUCAGUAUGGGAAAGGACUUACUUACAGAAAAUAAUGGAGUGAAUGGUUAACCCUUUUAUCUCUGAACAUUGAAUGAGAUAAAUUUCCAGCUGCUGUUCUCUAUUUUUAUUAUUGGACCAAUGUUCUAUAUAAAUAGGAUGUAACCAUUUAAUACUCAAAGAGUUUAAUAUGUCUGUAACAAUCAACCUCAGUACUGUCACUACAAUAUUACAUUCUGCAAAUGUUAUUCUGUUAUGUCAGAUACCAGUUUUUCGUGAGGUAUCUCUAAGGUGCAUAAUAGAAAACAAAAUUGGUAAAUGA